CUUCCUUUUGCCUUCGCCUGGGAAUUUCCGCCUGGAUUUCUAAUAUCCGACUCGGGAUUUCCGGAAGUAGCCAAAAUUCCGAUUGUCGUCCGAGUGGCUCUUCGUCGUCCUGCUUGAGGAUGUGAUCUUAAUAUUCAUAUUAAUCCAUCCCUUCGGCCUCCUGUCUUCAUCCCCAUCGGCUUUCAAAAUUAUCCGAGUUGUUGACUAUCAAACGCUCAUCAUGGCAGCCAAUUCCGACUCGGAGAAUGGGGUGAAAGACACCGCACCACCUGCGCCUGUAUCGUUCUUUGAUCCCGCAUUGAAGUCCGUUCGCCGUGCAGUCUUUAUACAAUGGAGUCGCAUGGUGUUGAUCCUCUGCGUCUUCAUCCUCACCGUCCUGUCCCUCUUCUGGGCGUCUCAAUAUACCGCCGAGAGGAACAUGCCCUCUUUGACCGUCUGGAUCGUCGACUUUGAUGGGCAAGUCGACCCAUACCGAUCGAAUGAUACUAUUGUUGGACCAACAGUUACUGAGGUUGCCGGUCAAUUGAUUCAUUCGACGACAGAGCGUGUGGGCUAUACUAUUAAAUCACCGGCCGACUUCAACUACGAUCCUUGGGCCGUUCGACAGGGUGUCUACGACGAGCAUGCAUAUGCUGCUGUCGUUGUGAAUCCGAACGCGACGAGUCUUUUGCGUUCAGCUGUGUCUAAUGGGAAUUCAUCCUAUGAUCCAACAGGGGCUGUGCAGUUCAUCACCAUCACUGCGCGCGAUGAAUCCACCUACCAGGGCUAUAUUGUACCAGCCUUUUAUAUAAUCCAGAAUGCAGUUCAAGCUGCAUUUGGACCUCGCUGGAUAGAAACCCUGGCUCAAGAAUCGGCCAAUAUCACACGUGUGCCACAGGCUGUCAACCCCGGUAUCGGGUUUACCACAAUCGACCUGCGACCAUUUACUCCCGUUGUAGCUACGCCGGCCGUCACAAUUGGUCUGAUCUACUUGAUCAUUAUUGCAUUCUUCAACUUUCCAUUCCUGAUGCCGAUCCACGCCCAGUUCAUGAAGGGUGACCAUCCACCUUUGAAGCCCGUGCAAUGGUUGAUCUGGCGUCUUUCGUCCAACAUCGCGUCUUAUUUCUUCCUUUCACUGUUCUACUCUUUCGUCUCCCUCGCUUUUCAAAUCCCCUUUUCAAAUGAUCCAGUGUCGGGUACGACGCCAGCCAACAACCCCACUGCAUACGGCCAUGGAUCUUUCGUGGUAUUCUGGAUGUUGAACUGGGUGGGGAUGACCGCCCUGGGUCUUCCCUGCGAGAACAUGGCCAUGAUUCUCGGUUUUCCCUGGAGUUCAUUCUUCCUCAUAUUCUGGGUCAUCACCAAUGUCUCGACUGCAUUUUACUCCUUGGACUUGGCACCGCAGUUUUUCGCUUGGGGCUAUGCCUGGCCUCUUCAUCGGAUUGUCGAGGCACUCAAAACGAUUCUCUUCGGAACUCACUCCCGCAUUGGUCUGGACUUUGGCAUUCUAUUCGCCUGGAUCGCCGUGUCCAUUGCUCUCUUCCCGAUUGCCACCUUCGUCAUGCGGUGGAAGAUGAAGAGGGGAUUGUAA